AUGAGUCAAGAUGAAAAUAUAAUAAAAGAUCUCAAUAAUAAUGGACAAAGGAAACCUCACACCGUUUUUUUUUUUUUUUUUCAAAUUGGAAUGGACUUAUUAAUCAGAUACAAGAUAAAGUGCUAUUUUAUGAUGAAAUACCAACGAUACAUUAGAGCUUACACUCCAAAUAUAAGCAAUGUUCCGGAUGAAAAAAGAAGGUUAAAUUCAGAUUUAGACAGACCCUCGUUCAACUUUUCCAUUAUUACAGAAAUGCAGAUUGAAUCUGAUAAUUAUAGUUCAAGACACGGAAAUAAUGAUAAAUUUAGUGAUAAAAAUUCUAUCAAGAUUUGUUCCUGGUAG